AUGUCUGGCCGUGGCAAAGGUGGAAAAGCUAAGGGAAAGGCGAAGUCUCGUUCCAAUAGAGCUGGCCUGCAAUUCCCUGUUGGUCGCAUACAUAGGCUUCUUCGUAAAGGAAAUUACGCAGAACGCGUUGGUGCAGGGGCACCAGUGUACUUGGCAGCUGUUAUGGAGUAUUUGGCGGCAGAAGUGUUGGAAUUGGCGGGAAACGCUGCCCGCGACAACAAGAAAACAAGAAUUAUUCCACGUCAUCUUCAGCUUGCCAUUCGUAAUGAUGAAGAAUUAAACAAAUUGCUCUCCGGUGUAACUAUUGCUCAAGGUGGUGUCUUGCCGAAUAUUCAAGCAGUUUUGUUGCCAAAGAAGACUGAGAAGAAAGCUUAA